UAAUAGCACUUGAAGCGCAUCCACUCUGAGUUCAGGCCAUUUUCAUGUCUCAAGGAAAAACUUAUGAAAGAGGUAAGACUCUGUUUAUAAACCCUAACAAUAUUAUUUGUGUUUACUGGAGAGAAAAAAUAUGACACAAAUGUGGUCACAUUAAAUCAAAAAAUCUGUUAUUUUGCUUUAAAGCUGUUGAGAUGUAGCUGACAUUAAAACACACACUUAAAAAAUCUCAGGAUUAAAAUCCAAAUCAGUUAAGCAGUAUCAAGGUUUUUCUCAGAACUAGAUUUUGUAAUGAUGGAAACCUAGCACACUGAACUGUCUUAUAUUUAUUUUUAUUAUCUAUGUUGCAUUUAUAUGUUGUUUGCUCUUUGGUUUUUUGAGAGUAAUAUUGAUGUCAAUGGCCAAGAAAAUGCUUUUUUUUUAUAAGAAAGCUAUAGAUGAUUGGUUUUGAAAAUACAAAUCAAAUUUUGUACAAUUCAAGGGAAAAAAAAUUUGUGCUACUUGGAUGAAACCCUCGAGCUGGCUGAGCCAGUGUCCAUUAGAUAAUCCAGCCCAUACUGUCACCAAAGCAAGUAGCUCCAUUUUGUAAUGGUUAACUCAUUUCCCUUUCAAGUCAAGUUAUAAUGCGGUUGACUCAUAAUGAUGUUCUUAGGCCCAGAUAGAUGCUGUGUCAGGAAGAACAUGCGAUGCAAAAUCUGUGCCAAAUCAAACAUACCGAUUCUCCCACAGCGAAUCAUCUCAGAGAUUUACCCUUUGAAUUUGAUUCGAUUCAGUUUUAGUUAUAUGCUGUCAAAUUACAACAAAGACCAAGACAAUAAUACAUAAUACUACCCCAACUUUCAGACAAGCCCUGAACAGCAAGCACUUUGGUGACAGUGGGAAGGAAAAAAACUCCCUUUUAACAGGAAGAAAUGUUGAAUGCUUAUAAAUCUCAAUUUUUACUAAUUUUUGUUUUUUCUUUAAAGUUGUAGGAAUAUGCUGACCUAGUUUUGUUAUGUAAAUUUGUAAUUAAUUUUUGGAACAGUUUUUGGAAAGUGAUUGGUUUAUUAGCAUAUGGACCCUCGCAUUAAUCAAGGGAUUAAGAGCACCCUGGAGGGGUGUGGUAAAGAGGUUUUUUGUUUGCCAAGUGUCAGAUGGGACGACGGGGGGGUUUAAAAAAAAUUUGACCACUUUUUGAAGUUGUGAAAGCAAAUUAAGUUAACUUUCAUUUAAUUUUAAGUUGUAAGAAGUUAUUUGGUUGAUUUUUGUUUAGAAUUUUCCACAAAAUAAACGCCAUAUAAUUUUAAACAAUGAAGUCAGAAUUGCAUUCUAAAACAAACCUUCCGUUGCCACCCAUGGCCUUUUCUUGGACUUUUUUGGUGUUUGGAGCAUAAAAGGCCAUGACAACCUGUUCAGGGUCUACCCCGCGUUUUACCCUAUGAUAGCUAGGACAAGAUCCAGCACCCCCUGUGAUGAUGAUAAAGACAACCAGAGGAGACUGGGUGGAAGGAUGGAUGGAUUGACCUUUCUGCAAUUCUGAAAUCUGUCUAACUUCCCUCUGUGCUGCCUUGAUGUUGUCAUCUAGUCUUGCUGUUCUUUGUGAUUGUUAUUAGUCAAGCAUAUCAGGGAUCACUGUAGCUGUGGCAUAGACCAGCUAGUUGGUUUCACUAACGGUAAUGCUGCAUUCACAUCUGCUAGUAGACAUUUACAGGGUAAUUCACGUAAUCUUGGUAAUAAGCACAGAGGGUCCAGGUUUAGCCAACUUAGCCAUGAUCUUCUCUUUCAGGUCAACUGCUCUCACAUUCAACAUACCAGUUGUUUAUGGGGCUUGCCAGCUGAUCUUGAAGGGUGGAGAUAAUUAUAUCUCACUCCUGAUUUUAAAUCCUGGCUUCACCUUGCCAUAACAUUUGUGUUCUACUUCGUCCUUCUCCAGCUGUGAUAGCAGUUACUUGCGUAUCACUGAGCUACUAGUUGUUUUGAUGUUAGUCUAGGUGGGUUUCCAUUUGUAUCCUCUUCAUGUAACCUUCUGGAUUAGAUGAAGCUUUCACUGAAGUUAAAUGUAUAGUAGGAUUCCAACAGUUCACUAUUCUGAUUUGUUGUUCCAGUGAAACCUCUGAGACAUACCGAUUAGAGGUGUGUCUCAGAGGUUUCACUGGAACAACAAAUCAAAAUCACGAAUUUUUCAUCACUAGUUGCAGCAAAUCUCACGUUGUUUUAUUCUGUGCUAAAAUGAUGACACGGUAAUGUAAUCAGACUAAUAACCUUCAAUUUUAUUUUUUAUCCUGCCCGACUCAGGUAUAUUGAACAACAGAAUACCCCCAUCUCUAAGUGGAAACAGUACUGCUUCCCAAGAUCAACAUGCUAGCUACAGGAGUUUGGCCUCUGCUGCUUUUCUCACUUCUUUUGUGUUUCUUUCAUUGUGAACAUUUACUUGCUUUUUCACUGAAAAACUGCACAAUUAUCUAUACAGAAAAAUCUAAUGUGUUAGUCACUUGCACAGAGCGUUACCUCACUGCUAUUCCAGAUGACAUUCCCAAAAAUGCAGUAUUGCUAAAUCUCAAGUCAAACUACAUUUCAAAUAUUACCAGGAUGAAUUUGGAAGGUUUAUUCAAGCUUGAAGUUCUAAAUUUGGAAAAAAACUGGAUUUCACAAAUUGAUGGUGAAGCUUUUGCAGACUUGGUAGAGUUAAAGGUUCUCAUCUUGAGUAUAAAUAGGCUCGCAACACUGACAGAAAACAUGUUUCAGGGUCUUUCCAAGUUAGAGACACUGUCUCUGGACUGGAACCAGAUCUCAUUUAUCUCCCCUGUGGCCUGUCAGCCCCUGGUCAGCGUACACUCAGUAGAUUUGAGCUAUAACCUUCUGCAUCAAAUUUCAGAUAUUGAUCACAUUAUUAGACUCCCAACUUUACAACAUUUGUUUGUAUGUUACAACAACUUUACUUCUUUUCAGUCAAAUGACCUCCAUGUAAAUACCUCAAACCUACUCACCCUGUGUUUGGAUUCAGUGAAGAAGUUCAGCAUUACAAGAGACAUUUUUCCUCAUCUGCAGUCUCUGGACUUGCGAGGCUGGAACGGGGACAUCGAGUGGGAAGUGUCAAACAAGACUUUUUUAAAGAGCCUGACGAGACUGCAAAUGAGUGAAACUUCUCUUAGCUUUGAUGUGUACAGAGCGAUUCUGCAGACUGCUUACUCUCUUCAAGAGCUUCAGAUGGAUAACAUACAAAAGUGGAUAGAUGAUGAUUUCAUAGACGUCGCCUGCAAAAUUCCUUCUCUUAGAACUCUGAAUGUAAGCAGUAGUGAGAUUUACACCUUAAAGGAGAACAUGCUGCAGUCUUGUUCUCACCUAACUAACCUCAACUUAUCAUUUAACAAUAUAAAAAGCAUGGCUGAUAAUGCACUCCAGUCAAUGACACAGCUCAGGAGCCUGAUAUUACAAAAUAAUGAACUGUCCGAACUGCCAGUGGCCGUCCAAGGACUCACCACAUUGGAAGUCUAUGACCUUAGCAUCAAUGACAUCAGUGAACUUUACUGUCCUUACUUCUGGAAUUUAACAAGCCUAACAAUACUCGAUCUGAGCCACAAUCAUAUAUCCUAUAUCUUUGACUGUGUUUUUGAAAAUUUAAACAAUUUGAAAAUCCUAAAUCUUGAAAACAAUAAGAUUUCAUCAUUCGAUUAUUCUUUUAAAUUUAAAUUACAGACACUGGAGUUUUUGUAUUUGAAAAACAAUGAGCUUAUAAAUCUCUUUCAAGGAGUCUUCAGUAAUCUGUCUUCCCUUCGUUAUUUGAAUUUAGAUGUACGCAUGUGUAACAAUGUUGAGGAAGGAGGGUUAAAGGGACUCUAUAACCUCCAGUUCCUUUUUAUGCAAGGUGAUAUUUAUUUUUAUGAGCAUUUCAGUGGGCUGCCAAACUUAAGCACUCUGAUCUUAAAUGUUGUCUCUAGCCUGCCACAUAACAGCUCCAAACAAAGCGAUAACCCUUUCUCAAAUUUACCGAAACUGAAGAAGCUUAAUAUCAAGGUUCAUAGAGGAUAUUACGAUAUUUCAAAAGAUGUUCUCAGUGGUCUGACUUCUUUAGAGUACUUAAUAACAGAGGCAUAUUUCAUGGGAUCUUUGCACCCAGACACAUUUAAACACACACCGCAACUGAAACAUCUGAGGAUAUCUUACAGCGAGCUUUCAGUUUUAACAUCUGACGUGUUCUUGCCAAUUCCAAACCUGAUAAUACUCGACCUCUCCAACAAUAAACUCAGGUCUUUGGAUUUUCUAGCAGAGGCCAAACUGUCGGCACUCAGAUGGCUCGAUGUCAGCAACAAUGAAUUGUUCGUAAUCAGUGAAACAGUUAUCCAAUCCCUUUUAACCAUGAAAUAUCUGGAUCUAUCUGCUAACCUUUUAACAUGUGAAUGUUCUAAUUACGGUCUUAUCCAGUGGAUUCAAGGCAGCAAACAGACACAAGUUGUUAAUGCACAUCAGUACACUUGCUCAUUUCCUGUCAGCCAACGGGGAAACAAAUUCCUUGACUUUGGUUUUGACUCAUGUUGGAUAGACGCUGCCUUGCUCUGCUUCCUUUUUAGCUCUAGUCUAGUUAUGCUUACUCUCCUCGCAUCCUUCAUCUAUCACUUCCUGAGGUCACACCUCACCUAUACCUACUACCUCUUCCUGGCCUUUCUCUAUGAUAAUAAGAGGAGGAAGAAAGGUAUUCCUCACAGCUACGAUGCCUUUGUCUCCUACAAUGUUCAUGAUGAAGCUUGGGUCUACGGAGAGUUGCUUCCAGAGCUGGAGGGUCAACAGGGCUGGAGACUCUGUCUGCACCACAGAGACUUUGAACCAGGUAUAGAUGCUUUUCUGAUGACUAUGAAAUGCUGGAAAUGAGAAGCCGAAAUGUUGAUUCUGACUGUUUGAGUCAAAGUCCUGCUCGUUCUUCUGCAUUGCUCACUUCCUCUUAAUAUCUUUGUCAGCAAUUUAAACUUCUUUUUCCAGACUUGGUUUGGACCCAUUUCUGUUUUUCAUUUCUAUAUUUGUUAAGUGUUACGUUUUUAUACCAAAUAAUGUGAAAUCAGCACGACAGCCAGUGCAGAAUUUUCAAAACCAGCAGACACAAAUUAAUCAGGACCAAGAAUUAUUCUUUUAAUUUCACAAAGAAUUCACCUGCCAUUUCUAUUGUGCAUUUUUA